UUAACCAAACCAAUUUCCAGCUGAUUUUCUGUAUUUUUGUACUACUAACUCACAGCACACACACCAUUUCUCUCUCUCUUCUAAGCUGAAUUUUCGUACCAUACAAUUUACUCUUUCUUCUUUUUUAUUAUUAUUAUUUUAUUAUCUAGUUUUAUAAUCAGGUCGCUCUGAUUAAAUAUAUUUGAAAAUUUUUAUCAAAUAAUAUUGUGUUAAUGGAGAGUACCGAUUCAUCAACCGGCUCUCAUCAUCAACCACAAUUGCCACCUGGAUUUCGAUUUCAUCCAACUGAUGAAGAGCUUGUUGUUCAUUAUCUUAAGAAAAGAGUUGCCUCUGUUCCUCUUCCUGUUUCUAUUAUUGCUGAAGUUGAUCUUUACAAAUUUGAUCCUUGGGAACUACCUGCUAAGGCGACAUUUGGAGAACAAGAAUGGUAUUUCUUCAGUCCAAGAGAUAGAAAGUAUCCUAACGGGGCGCGGCCAAAUAGGGCGGCAACUUCCGGUUAUUGGAAGGCUACCGGAACCGACAAGCCGGUGCUCACCGCCGGCGGGACCCAAAAAGUAGGUGUCAAAAAAGCAUUGGUGUUUUAUGGUGGCAAACCACCCAAAGGUGUAAAGACAAAUUGGAUUAUGCAUGAAUAUAGGCUUGCUGAUAAUAAAACAAAUAAUAAGCCCCCUGGUUGUGACCUUGCCAAUAAAAAAUCACUAAGGCUAGAUGAUUGGGUUUUAUGUAGGAUUUACAAGAAGAAUAAUACUCAAAGGCCAAUUGAUCAUGAAAGAGAUGAUUUGAAUAUUGAUAUGAUGAUGGGAUCAUCAUCAAUUAAUCCAUCAUGUAUACCAAAUUCAAUGUCAAUGCCAAAUAUAUUUGGUCAACCAAAAAUACCACAACUAAAACCUUCACAUUUUGGUACUACAUUAAUUCAUGAUCAAAAUGACCAAAAUUUAUAUGAGGGUGGAUCACAAUAUUCUUCAAAAAGGCCACUAGCAAAUUUGUAUUGGAAUGAUCAAGAUGGAGGAGCUAGUAACGAUAAUUCUCAAUCAACAAAAAGGUUCUUGACGGAGAAUAUUGAAGACGGAUUAAAUAUAAAUGCUCGAGCAGAUGAACAGAAUGGAUCUAUCGUAAGUCUUCUGAGUCAACAACAAGUUCUUGGGUCUCUAAGUGACGGAGUUUUUCGACAACCUUAUUCAGGCAUCAAUUGGUACUCUUAAAAAUAUCGAAUUAAAAAUAAAAAUAUUAUUAUACCAUACAAAUUAAAGGUGUUUGAUUAUUACAGGAUCCUAACUAAUUAAGAUUGAUUAACGAGGGUGUUAAAUUAGAUUAGUGGGAUUGCUGGAUUUGGGUAUUGAGAUUUUGUUGGUUUUAAAUUAGAUGAUUUAUAGUUUAGUGAAAAAAUAAUAAUAAUUAGGUGAGGGACAUGUAUAUUUUUGUUUUAUUAACUGUUUAUUUUUACAUUAUAGUUUUAUUAUAUAUAUAAAAAUACAUACAUCUCCAAGGCUUGUCUGUGAAUAGAGAUGCAUAGAAACAAAUCUUGUAAUUAAUCAUAUAUAUUUUAUAUCUUAUUGGGGAAAAACAUAUUCUGCA